GGCUUGAGACAAAUGACCUAUUGUUUGGCCUCUGACGUUUUCCCUCGGUGUUGGGUGGCUCUGAGCACUACAUGUCCUGGGCAUCUUUUUAAAAGAUGCCAUUGAGAUGUUUGUGGCUCACAAAUUUGUCUCCCUCCUGUAGACUGCUCCUGUCACUGCCAUUCUUCCACAGAGGCUCUGCCUAGCAAAACUCACACCAUGUGUAACAAAUUUGUAGGAACCUGGAAACUGGUUUCUAGCGAAAACUUUGAUGAUUACAUGAAAGAACUGGGAGUGGGUUUGGCCACUCGAAAACUUGGCAGCCUGGCCAGACCCAAAGUCAUUAUCAGCAUGAAGGGUGAUGAGGUUACCAUCAGAACAGAAAGCCCCUUCAAAAAUACGCAGAUUGCUUUCAAGUUGGGCCAGGAAUUUCAAGAGACCACAGCAGAUGACAGGAAAACCAAGACUGUUGUAAACUUAGAAAAAGGCUCCUUGGUUCAAGUACAGAAGUGGAAUGGCAAGGAGUCAACAAUAAGGAGGAAACUAGUUGAUGGGAAAAUGGUGGUGGAAUGCAUCAUGAAAGGCAUCACUUGCACAAGGGUCUAUGAAAAGGUGUGAGGAAUUCCAGUAGAUUGAAUUUAGGUCUUCAGAUCCAUGUUAGGCCCAUGCAGGAAAAGGCCACCCUUCAUCAUGCUCAAUUAGAGUGACUAAUCUAUAAACAUGUAUUUCAAAAACCACUGUGUAAGUAACAUGAAUGUGAUUGUGAAGUCAAUAAACACUUGCCAUAGUAUGAAA